CUCCAGUGAUCCCGGUGGGAAGAUGGAGCCUGUGUGUUGGUUGUCAUUGUCACCCCGAUGGAUUUCGGAUUCUAUCUGAACGUAGGAUGUCCCGGCUGGCGGACUAUUUUGUGGUAGUCGGAUUCGAUCAUGAAAAGGAGCGGAGUGGGCUGAGCAGUGGGCGCAUUGAGCAGCGCUUUCCUGAGGAAGACUGGAAAGACACACCCUUCAUUGAAGGCAUCGAAUCCUUCUGCCAGCCGCAAGGAUGGGCCCUGGUCACAGCACGCCGUCAGCCGAACUUCUUUGUAGCCGUGCUCACAGACAUUGACGCACAGCGGCACUACUGUGCCUGUCUUGCCUUCAACGAGCCAGUGGCCUUGACGCCUGCGGCGUUGCAACGUCGACGUCCCGACGAAGAAGAUGAAGACGAUGAGCAGGAUGAACUGGCAGCCACGGCUGCAGGCCUCAGUGGGGGGGGUACGGGGACACUGGUGCAACAUCACUCGCUUAUGUAUGCCCCAAAGUGCCUGGUGCUUGUGUCACGACUUGACUGUGUGCCAGCCUUCAAGAACUGCCUAGGCAUCAUCUACACAGUGUACAUAGACAAUCUGCAAGUCCAGAUUGAGACCCUCGUGGGCAACAUCCUCGGUUGCGUCCAGGUGCCACCACCAGGGGGACCUCAGGUGCGCUUCUCCAUUGGGGCAGGUGACAGGCAGGCAUUGCAGCCACCACUCAGUGCACUGCUGCCCAUAACAUCCUGCAUUGUCUACGAGCUCUUCCAGCAGCUUGGUAUCCACAAUGUCGUCACCCUCUUCUGUGCUGCCAUGACUGAGCUGAAAAUCCUCUUCUAUUCACGGAGUUACUGCCGCCUCAACGAUGCCUGCUCAGCGCUCACUAGCCUCAUGUUCCCUUUCAAAUAUAGCCACGUGUAUAUACCCUUGCUACCUGCAACCCUGAUCGAGUUCCUUAGCACGCCUACGCCAUUCAUCAUGGGUGUUCAUUCUUCCCUUCGAACCGAGGUGGCGGAAUUGCUAGAUGUCCUGCUGGUGGACCUGGACGGUGGCUCGGUGCUUGUGCCCGAGUGUGUCACUGUCUCCACACUACCUGAGCCCCUUCACUCACAGCUGUACACACAACUCUGUAUGGUGCUCCGGCCAGAGCUGAUGUCAGCAGAUGACGCUUUUCCUCCCCCACCGCCUGCGUCAUCGCAGGCCGCCAUGCUGGACAAAGAGAUCCGUGCCAUCUUUCUGCGCAUCUUUGCCCAAUUGUUCCAGGGUUACCGAUCUUGCCUCACUGUUGUGCGCAUUCAUCCACGACCGUUCAUCACGUUCCACAAGGCGGCAUUUCUUGGUCAACGUGGCUUCACCGAGAGCGAGUUUGUCACCAAGCUUCUGGACUGCAUGUUCUUCAACACCUUUGUGGCUGAGAGAGGGCCGCCGUACCGUGUCUGCGACAUCUUCGAUGAGUUGUAUGCCAGCAUGAAUGACCUUUUGAAGACGGAAGCUCGAGAUCCUGAUCUGACUUUGCACCACAUCCGGCAGCUUGCUCAACAGCUCUAUCUCAAUGAGAAUCCAAAUCCGCAGCCAUAUGUGGAGAAGAUUCCCAAGCCGACUGAAGGCGCUUUCACUCGUAUCCAUCAGCCCCCAUUCCCAACACUUGAUGGAAAACUUGUGAAAUCCAUCAUGGAGACAGGGCUGUCUCGAAACCACUUGGAAUCCAAACUGUCAUCGGUGCGACCCCAGCUUCCGCGCAUUGUCCCUGCGGGGCCCCCAAUGAGCCAGGUGUGCUCUCAGGACCCACGGUCGCUGGUCAACAACUCUGCACGCCGCCUCGAGGUGCUCUGCAACUGCAUCAACUACAUCUUUGACAACAAGAUCUCUGAUGCACGCAAGGCUAUGCCCGCAGUUUUGCGUGCACUAAAGAACAAGGCAGCCCGACUGGCUUUGACGAGAGAACUGCAGCAUCAUGUGACCGGCAACAAGGCAGUGCUCGAGCACCAACAAUUCGACCUGGUUGUGCGGCUCAUCAACUGUGCCCUGCAGGAUGAUUCAGCGCUGGAUGAACAUGGUGUUGCUGCGGGGAUUUUGCCGCUGUCACAUGCUUUCUGCAGGAAGCUGUGCACGGGUGUGAUGCAGUUUGCGUACACGUGCAUCCAAGAGCAUGCUGUCUGGGGGCAGCUGCAGUUCUGGGAGGCUGCAUUCUACCAGGAUGUGCAACGAGAUAUCCGCGCCCUCUACCUGCCCGUGUCUUCUUCGCCGCAGCGCAGCAGCAAUGCGCUGCCGAACGGGCAGCCUAACAAGAAUGCCUCGCCCCCGCUUAGUCCUCGCGAGAGGUACCUGAAGCACAUCCAGAAAUGCAAAGAGGCCCCGGCGCCAAGGUUUUACCGUUUCUACCCUUUCGUCGCUGCUGCUGCUGCUGCUUCUGCUGCCGCUAACAAGGACUACCCGUUGAGCUGGUCAAGGCAAGAUUACUCGAGGAACAACUUUGAUUCAUCCAGUCGUCGCUCAGCCACUUUAAUCAAGCCACCAGAGCCCAGCGCACUGGAGAUUUGUGCAGAACAGAUGCGCCUCCAGCAGAGUGGGCAGCUGAGCAAAGACGAGAUGGAGGAACUUUCGAGCCGAGAAGAGUCCACUGUGUACAGCCAAGCCAUCCACUAUGCCAACCGCAUGGCCGCACUCCGGGUGCCGCUCGACGCCUCCCGGCGAGCCGCCCCUGCAGACGUCGCAGCUGACGGGCGCUCUAACUCUAACAGCAUUGUCACCAACAGCGUUGCAGAGACGGACAGCGCCUGUGACGGGGAGAGCGGCUUUGGAGAGGAGGAGGCAUGGGAAUUGGUGGGCGCCGGCGUGACCAAGCUGGUGGGCCGCUUUGUGGACAAGGUGUGCCACGAGAGCGGUGUCACGGAAGAGCACGUGCGUGCCCUCCACCAGAUGGUGCCUGGCGUGGUGGCUAUCCAGCAGGAGAUGCUCGAGGCUGUCCACAGGGAGAGCAAGCGACUGCCCCCGAUCCCCAAACCCAAAAUGCUGGUGCCGGGCUUGCUGCAAGGAGAGGAGCUGGCCAUGGAAGGGCUGCGGUGCUACCUCAUCCCAGAUGGCCGCGAAGAGGGCACCGGAGCACCAACUUUGGGAGGGCCCUCACUGUUACCUGCAGAGGGUGCCAUAUUCCUGACCAACUACCGUGUCAUCUUCAAGGGAAGCCCCCUCGACCCAUAUGCGUGUGAACAGACAGUGGUGCGGAGCUUCCCAGUAUCAACACUGACAAAGGAGAAAAAGAUAGCUGUCCAGUACCUGCAGCACCUGGAGCAGGUGCUGCCUGAGGGCCUCCAGCUGCGCUCAAACACCUUCCAGCUGAUGAAGGUGGCCUUUGAAGAUGAAGUGACAUCUGAGAGCAUCGAGGCCUUUCGCAAGGUGCUGGGCCGGGCCCACUGCCCGCCCCACUUAUUCCAGCUGUUUGCCUUCAGUGGUCACAUGGCCACUCCUCCGACACCGCUGCACAAGAAGGAGAAGCAUGCCACGCUCACGGGCAAGGCGAAGCGGCAGCUGCUGAAGACAGCCAUGCGGGCAGGCUUCAAGCCGCGCCCUUCAUCACGCAAGCAGAAGUACGUAGUGCAGGGGCCCAUGGCAGCCAGGACCCUCCCGGCGGGGGCACGACCGCCCUACGACCACGAGGCUCCCGACCGGCCCCUCACUUUCCUACAGGAUGAUGAUGGCUCAGAUGACGCCGAAUCUGUGCCACCUGUGCCACUACCAGCCGUCCCACAUCUUCCACACCGAUCACUGGAGAAGAUGGGUGACACUGUGUACAGCCGAGACUGGCAGAGGCUGCACCUAGGUGCACUGGGUGCAAACUCAACUAUGUCUCGGGGGCGCCCCGAGGGCUUUCGCAUUAGUUCUGUCAACAUGGGCUACACCGUCUGCCGUAGCUACCCAGCUCUCGUAGUGGUUCCUCAAAGUGUUCCUGAUGACAGCAUCCGCAAGCUGUCUCGCUGCUACAGGCAUGCAAGGUUUCCGUCAGUGUGCUGGCGUCACCCAGGCACAAAGGCGCUGCUGAUUCGGGCCAGUGGCUUUCACGGCAAGGGCGUGAUGGGCAUGCUCAAGGGCCACCCGACCACCUCCAGCACUGUGAGCGAGACGUCAUCCUCGAUCGAGCAGGAGAAGCUGGUGGCGGCACUGGUGCGAGCCAGCCCCCUGUCCCAGCCGACGCGUGCCUCACCCGGUGUGCAUGACUCGUCCCUGAGCAUCAGCUCCCUGGUGCUUGACGGUGCCCACGACAACUUUCCCACACUGACGCCCGAGACGGCACGCCGCUCGCACAACCCCUUCCAGAAGGCUGUCAACAGCCUGCGCUCGUCGGGCGGCAAGAGCGGAAAACAAAUUACUGAUUCCUUCCAAAUGUUCAUGAACAUAAACCGAGGCCUGUUACCAUCUCAGAAGUCCCGUUGGGGCAGCCUAAAAGAUCGUCGUCAUGGCUCAACAGGCAGCCUGACACCAGAGUUUGCCCUACGAACCUCGAGAAUGGCUGAGGGUGGCUCCCAGGAAGGCGUGCAUACCCUCCACAAGGUUGCACUGUACAUCUUUGGCGAGAAAUCGCAAAUAAAGGGCAUCAAGCCGGAGACAUAUGCCAACUGUGACCUCAUUCCCGUGGAGUAUCCUGAAGUGCGGCAGGUCAAGGCCAGCUUCAAGAAGCUACUGCGUGCCUGCUGCCCCAGCGCACCUCCAGCCAGUCCUGAACUGAGUUUCUACAAGAUGGUCGAGGGCUCCGAGUGGCUAAACCAGUUGCAGUGCAUCUUGCAGCUGUCAGGUGCAGCUGUGGACUUGAUUGAUGUCCAAGGCUCUUCCGUGAUGCUGUGCCUUGAGGAUGGCUGGGACUUCACCUGCCAGGUGGUGUCUGUUGCUCAGCUUUGCUUGGACCCAUACUAUCGAACGUAUGAGGGUUUCCGGGUGCUGAUUGAAAAAGAGUGGCUAGCAUUUGGCCACAGAUUCUCGUACCGAGGCAACCAGACUGCUGCCGCAGCUGCCAGUGGCUUCGCACCCGUCUUCCUCCAGUUCCUUGAUGUUGUUCAUCAGCUCCUGCGGCAGUUCCCGAUGUCGUUUGAGUUCAACGACCUGUUCCUACGGUUCCUGGCGUACCACCAUGUGUCAUGCCGCUUUCGCACCUUCCUGCUCGACUCGGAGCUGGAGCGCAUCGAGCUAGGCUGGACUCCCUCGCCCAGCGGUGCGAGCAGCCUACAUCGCAGUGGCCGCAAUGUGGCUGCAGCUCUGGCUUCGGCUGAGAGUGGUUCGGACGAGGAGUCAGCUGCCGCAGCCGCCUCAACGUCCGCACGUGCCUCUGCAGCUCCAUCCUUUUGGGAGUACGCUGAUCGUCUGUGGUGCAAGUCGUCGGCCUUCUACAACUUCUGGUAUGCAGCCAACCUGGAAGACGAGGUUUUGCGCCCCUACUCGAACCUGUCCAACCUGGAAGUGUGGGAGUACUACUUGGAGGAGACUCUCUGCCAUGGCCCCAUCUAUGAUCCUGAACUAGUCAUCCUCGAGCGGGGUCCCAAGGUUACUCCUGAGCCAAUGCCACCUCAAAGGCCGGGGGGUUCCUCCAGCAACGCCAACAAUGCACCCGCUCGCCGAACACUGUACCCCUGCUAUGACGACGCAGGCGAUGCGGAGGUUGACGUCUUCACUCAGCUGCUUGAGGCACUGCACGACCAGGAAGCUGCCCUGGGGCAUCUCCCACAAAAGUGGCAUGUGCUUUGGAACAAGCUGGACGUCCCUGUCCCUGUUCCUGCUGUAGACACUCUGGUGCGCCAGGCGUCGUUCAGCACGGAGUUUGUGCGUGCCCAUGGGAGGGCGCUGCACAAGCGUUCCACCAUUGAGUUCCUGGUGCGGGGCAAGAUGGCCGGUGGCCCCCUGGAGGCAACGGGGGGCGCUCCUGGAACCGCACCGGCUGUGCCUCCGCAGUCGUACCCUCAUCGCUUUGACCGCUGCAGCUACUCGACACCCACCUACUGUGACCUGUGCUCAAGCAUUCUCUGGGGACUUGUCAAAACUGGCAUGCAUUGCGUGGACUGUGGUUACAACUGCCACGAGCGAUGUCUGCCACAGGUGCCCAAGAACUGCACCAAGUACAAGAGUGUAGUUCCGGACCCUGGCUCGACUGCACUCACCAAGGGGCCUAGCUCUGAAAGUGCCUCCAUCACCUCCGGCAUGCACUCGACCAGCCAGUAUUACGACCAGUUCUCGUCCAACUGCCCGGAGAACCGGACACACGAAGGUUACCUCUUCAAGCGGGGAGCCUUGCUCAAAGGGUGGAAGCAGCGUUGGUUUGUGCUCGACUCCACCAAGCACCAGCUGCGGUACUACGACGCGGUGGAAGACUCACACUGCAAGGGGCUGAUUGACCUUUCCGAGGUGAUCUCAGUGACCCCGUCUCUGAUCAUCCAAGGGGCACCGAAAAGGGCUGACGAGAAGUCCUUCUUCGAUGUGAAAACAAGCAAGCGGAUGUACAACUUUAUGGCUGCAGAUGCUGCGGCUGCACAGGAGUGGAUCGAGAAGAUUCAGUCUUGCCUGCAGUGAGGAGUGAAUAGGUCAUGUGACCACCACUUCCAUCCCCACUGGCCUGCACCAUAGGCUCAGCAGAGAUCUCUUCAUGCGUCUCUUUCCUAAGGCUCUCGCACUUCACAGGACGCUUGGAGCAAAGCACUGCGAUCAAGUUCUUCACUGUGUAUUUGCUACUGCCCAUUUUUCUGCACAAGGAAGCCGGCCAGCUUGAAGAGAAUGCCAGAGACCAGAAAAAUGAAGGAGUGGUGGAAGAAGUGCCACUGUUUGGCAAUGCCUGCAUUAGAAUGGGCAGGCAUUCAAAAUCAGUCUCGUUAUAUUUGAAUCCCUGCCACCAGGUUCUUUCGAAAGGGUUCUAGAACCAGCCUGCUUUCAACAUUUAUUCCAAGAGGAGUUUACUUGACAAAGGAAAACCAUGGGGUACUUCAACAACCACGACCAAAAAGGAUGCGACAAGCAAGAUCCCUGCAAGAUAAUGCCCCCGUGUUUGGCAGGCAUUUUUAAUGUUCAUUUUGAAUGUGGCGUCCUUUUGCAGGGUGGAUACAAGAGUGCACUCACCAGGUCAAAUUCUUGUAACUGGUGAGAAUACUUCUGCACAAUGGACAAACAGGGCUGCUAUGAGAGGAUCGCAGUGGCUGAUGUAGGAGGCCGCUUCAAUGUGGAGAACAACAAAAUGACCUUUUAAGACAAGACCACUAGUCCAACGUGCCACUGCACCAGUGUUUUUUUUCUUGUGUGUGUGCCUUAGACUGUUUUAAGUUUUAGCCCUUGACUCUCUAUCUCGUCAUUGCAGUGGACACUCUUAUUAGAUAGCUUGUGUUUGUAUAUUGUGUUGAUGUACUUUUUUUUUCUCAUGCCAGUGGGCCAAUCAUUGCGACCCUUCUCACCGCUACUGCCAGGCAAUGAGUGUUUUUGUAUUAGCCACGCGCGUCGGUGUGCAUAGUUCACAUUUUUUCCCCUUUGUUGAUGGUAUCUUGUUGUGGACCCAACAUUGCCCGGCAACAUUCCAGUUCUGAAAAAGGUUAUUUCCCUUGUUUUGUUUGCUUUUGUUACAGCAAAUUGAAAAUGAAAAACAUUGUCUUUCUUGUCUUUAUUGCCUGAAAAUUUAAAUUUUUGCCUUUUACCACUUAUGUACAGCAUGCCAGAAUACUGCAAUCUUUCUUUAUCAACAGCAUUGGAUGAGAAAGUAAAAGGCAAAAUGAAAACCGACUCGUCGUAUAAAUGUCAACUCAGAAGAUUAAGUGCCACCAGAAUCUGAAUGUGCCUGUUGUAAGUGAUUUUACUGGCAUGGACUUGUGGCAUGCUUCUCAGCAGCUGACGGCUACUGUUUUAUAGUAGAAAUACAAAUGUACCAGCUGCUGUAUUGUUCUGCUUGGCUCACUGGUCAGAAUGGGUGCAAAUGUAUCAUUAUUUGUAAAGUGCAAAUAAGAUUUUGGUGUGUGAACACUACAACAUACAGGACUGGGUAGCAAGUAUAGUUAUGCCAGAAGUGCUGUUGUUUUACAAUGUACACAUUUUUUUCGCACUCUUAUUUGCACAUAGGCCAGCAUGCGGACAGACACAUGUACAGAGAACUGUAAAGCCUCCACUGGCAUAUGUACUGUUAGAAAAGAAAUAAUUCUUGUCUAGGAAAAGUUUUACUUGUUCUUGCGACAGACAGAUUGCAGUAUUCCGGUUGAAUGUAGCCAGUCAUCGUGAAUUACCGCUACUAUUACUGUUGCCUUUAAAAUGUAUCUAGCAACCUACGCGAAAGCUGACACACCGGCAUUGCAGCCUGUACAUAUUGUACUGCAUGCCUAGUGGUUGCUUUCUUUCUUUUUGUUUCCUGCCUGCCUGAAGCAAAUAGGAUUUUCCAAUGUGCACAGACAAUAUGCGAAGCAGGUGUGAAAUUUGCAUUGAUGCAAUACUCUUGUACAUAGGGAGGAUACCACAGUGGUGGUUGUUAUGCAAAGUGGUUGCAGCUGCAAAGCUGUGGAGGAGCUACUUUGAGACUGCCAGUAAGCUGCAACCUGAGGAAAUGUAUUGAAAAGUGACAAGCUUCGUGUGUGCCCAAUAAAACGAAGCCCCUGAAA